AUGAAGCACAGCCGUAAUAUUGAGCUUCCAGAGGAUUUCUGGAUCCCCAUCACUCUGGAUACGGACAACAUCACGGCUCUCAGCCCCUUCCUAGUACCACAGGACCAUCUAGCAGGCGCCAGCACCUACUAUUCAAUGGCCUUAUACAUGCUUUUUAUAUUUACUGUGGGCACCCCCAUUAACGUCCUCACCAUUGCAUGCACCGUCCAAUACAAGAAGCUCCGGUCCCACCUCAACUACAUCCUGGUGAAUUUGGCUGUGGCAAACCUUCUUGUGUCUGUUGUGGGAUCCUUCACCUCCUGCUGCAACUUUAUAUCCAGAUAUUUCAUCUUUGGACCGAUGUCAUGCAAGAUCGAAGGUUUUAUGGUUACGCUUGGUGGUAUGGUAAGUCUGUGGUCUCUAGCUGUGAUAGCUUUCGAAAGAUGGCUGGUGAUCUGCAAGCCACUUGGUAACUUUAUUUUCAAGCCUGACCAUGCUUUAGCUUGCUGUGCAUUCACCUGGGUGUUUGCACUGUUGGCCUCAGCUCCUCCACUGUUCGGAUGGAGCAGGUAUAUCCCCGAAGGCCUGCAGUGCUCCUGUGGUCCGGACUGGUACACCACAAACAACAAAUACAAUAAUGAAUCCUAUGUGAUGUUCCUUUUCGGCUUCUGCUUUGCUGUUCCCUUAGCCACCAUUAUCUUCUGCUACUCCCAGCUCCUCAUUACACUAAAAAUGGCAGCAAAGGCCCAAGCUGAGUCUGCCUCCACCCAGAAGGCAGAGAAGGAGGUGACCAGGAUGGUGGUCAUCAUGGUGCUGGGCUUCCUGGUGUGCUGGAUGCCUUACACCACUUUUGCCCUUUGGGUUGUCAACAAUCGUCGGCAACCGUUCGACCUAAGACUGGCGACAAUACCCUCCUGUCUGUCUAAAGCCUCCACAGUCUACAACCCUGUUAUCUACAUCUUCCUUAAUAAACAGUUCCGGUCAUGUCUAAAGACGAUGCUGGGGAUGAGUGGAGACGAUGACGAGUCCUCAGCAAGCCAAGUCACUGAAGUCUCAAAAGUCGGACCUUCUUAG